AUGGGGGAACUCAAGCAAGAUUUAGCAUAUGAAGAUCCUUCAAAAACAUUCAUCGGAGUUCGCUUUGUUCUCCUUGGGUUCAAUUCCAUUGAAAAAGAAAAGACACGGGCGAAGCUUUUGGAAGGCGGAGGGUUUGAUGCAGGUGAUUAUGGUCCGGAUUGCACUCACGUGAUUGUUGAUAAGCUUAUUUACGAUGAUCCCUUAUGCAUUACUGCUCGAAGAGAUGGCAAGACAUUGGUGACUGCCCCAUGGGUUGAUCAUAGUUUUGAUGUGGGAAUGCUCGUUGAUCCAUCCUCUGUUAUGUAUAGACCUUUAAGAGCUUUGAAUGGGAUUCCUGGUGCCAAAUCUCUUGUUGUUUGCUUGACUGGAUAUCAACGGCAGGACCGAGAUGAUAUAAUGACCAUGGUUGGAUUGAUGGGCGCAAAUUUUUCGAAGCCAUUGAUCGCUAACAAGGUUACUCAUCUUAUAUGCUACAAAUUCGAGGGGGACAAGUACGAGCUUGCCAAGAAAAUGAAGAAGAUAAAGCUUGUUAACCAUUGCUGGCUGGAAAAUUGCUUGAAGACUUGGGAGAUUCUUCCAGAAGCUGAUUAUGAUAAAAGUGGAUAUGAGUUGGAGAUGAUGGAAGCCGAGGCCAAGGAUUCUGAAGAAGAGACAGAAGAUGUGGAAAGAAAAAGCAUAGCCAAUCCUCAAAAUACACAAGCUAAGUUGAAAAAUCCCCGUCAAUCAUUGAUGCAGGAAGUCUCAAAAAAAAAUUUAGAUUCGUUUGCAUCUAAAAGUUCGACAAAUGUAGGAAACAUUAAUGAGGAUCUAUCAAAUGCUGGAAAAGAGACUAAAUUUGGUAAUGUAGAACCUGCUGGGAAUUUUUUAGAAGAAAUUCCUAACUGUCAUCUUGAAAUGUUGGCUUCUUGUAAUAAUGAGGGUCCUGGGAAGAUUCUGUCCAGUCUGCCAUCAAACACAUUUGAUGAUCAAAUGAUUUUUGAAAAGGCUGAUAAUGAUGCUGCCUCAAUGUUGAAAAGUGCUAAGAGAUCUCCUCAUUCUAGUACGUCAAAAUCAUCUGGGAAAAGUUAUUCUAGGAGAAGUCCCAAGAAGUCCAGGCUUCCGCUAUGCUCAGAAAGAAUUGUUAGUAAUUCAGGAAAUCCUUCCACUGCAAAUAAACUCGGCUGUGACAUUAACAUAUCGUCAUUGGAGGAAGAGCAAGUUGAAGCUGGCUUUGAUGGAAUGGAAACACCUUCCAGUGGAACUAUAUUGCAUCUUGACAAGGGGGAAAAUUCGUUGUUGCAUGAUAAGAGGAAAAAGACCAUUUCCUAUGGUAGCUCCAAAUCUCUAAAGAUAAGUCACGAUUCAGAAACAAUCUUGGAAGGUAAAUCAGUGGUGAAGAGAACUGACAGGUCGCCCUCUGGAUCCUUGAUCAAUGGUUCAUGUAGGAUGGGUAAUCACGUUUCUCCUGAAAAUAAUAUUGGUUAUAUGGGUGAGAGCACGGAAUUGAAUUUUACAGAUAAUGUUACUAAAGUUGUAACAGCAAUGACUAGGCAAGAAUGCAGUGACAUUGCACACCUCUCUUCUCUCUACGAAUCAGAAUGUAGGAGCUUGACCAGUGAUUUGGAAGCUAAAGAAAUUUGUCUAAGCAAAACUGAACAUCCCAUAGCUCAGAUUGUGGUGCAGCAGAGUAAUCCGCAGAAUAUUGACGCCCCAUCUCCUGGAACCAAAAUAUCAGAGGUUAAGAAAUCCAGUGAUCAGGCUCAGUUGGAACUUCUAAAGAGAGGGGAUAGUGUGCCGAAGUCAAAAACACUGGAUCGGAGGAAACUUUCAAAAAAGACAUUGGGCUCUAGAACAUGUCUCAGCAAAGGGAAUACAACAAAACCUAAAGAUUUCAUUGAGAUUCCUAAAACUUUGCUGCAGAACAAUUCUGUAAUUCGUUCAGUUGAGGAGAUCGAAAUGGAAGACGAUGAGAAGUUUGGUAGUUCUAAGAAGCCUGAGAUUUCUCCUCCUACAAAUAGUGUUAGUAUGGGUCAAAAGACUGGAAUGAGUAAUCCUGGGAUAUCUGGAAAUGAAACUAUUAAUAAAGAUGGAUCAAUGGAUGAUGAAAAUGAGGAUCCAGAGGACAAAGAGGAAAACAAGUUUGAUGCGGCACUUGAUAAAGAAAAAUCUGCUGAGAUUGAAGCACAACAUUUAGAAAAUACGUAUACUGAUAAAAGGGUAGGUGUGAAUGAUUCAUCAAAGCAAACUGAUGGCAGCAUUAUAGGUGCAAUGGCUAAGGCAGAAAAUAUUAGAAAAGAAGAUAAGGGCAUUGGAGCUGAAAUGGCUGUUAGUAGCAAAGAAAAUGUGAUUAGUGAAUCAAAACUUGUACAACAUGGUGGAGAGAAAAACUUUACCAAGGACAAAAAACGGCCUUUAAAUAAAACUAAGAGAACGGUGGCAACAGAUGUAGGAAAUCUUAACGAAAUUGGACGAAAGGAUGGGUGCAAUAAUAAACGGAUUAAAGAGAAAAUAAUGGCACAAAAUGAAAAAACAAGUCCUUCUGCAGGUAAAAUAAAGGCUUGUCCAUCCAAAAAGUCAAAGAACUUGACAGAAGUGGAGAAAGAAAACAGUCAUUUUGUUAUGAGGAGCCAAAAUAUUAGUAAUGAUAAAAAUCUCAGAGGGAAAGUGCUGCUAAAAUCUUCUAAAAGUCCUUUGAAGGACUCAAAGGCUGCCAAUGCAGAUAUGGAUUUGGCGAGGGUGGAACAGAUCCUAAAAGUGAAAACAGAACCUAUAUGGUUUAUAUUGAGUGGGCACAAGCUGCAAAGGAAGGAGUUUCAGCAGGUGAUAAGGUGUUUGAAAGGAAGAGUAUGCAGGGACUCCCACAAGUGGUCAUAUCAGGCGACACACUUCAUUGUUCCAGAUCCUGUACGUAGAACUGAAAAGUUUUUUGCUGCUGCAGCAUCUGGAAGUUGGAUUCUCAAGACUGAUUACUUAACUGCUAGCAAUGAGGCUGGAAGAUUUUUGCUAGAGGAGCCAUAUGAAUGGCACAAGAAAUGCUUGACUGAAGAUGGUGCAAUAAACCUAGAGGCUCCAAGGAAAUGGCGUCUCGUGAAGGAGAGAACUGGUCAUGGCGCAUUUUAUGGAAUGCGUAUUAUUAUAUACGGAGAAUGUAUAGCCCCUCCUCUGGAAACUUUGAAAAGGGUAAUUAAGGCUGGAGAUGGUACUAUAUUGGCGACCUCACCUCCUUACACACGCUUUCUUCAAUCAAGUGUUGACUUUGCCAUUGUCAGUCCCGGCAUGCCACGAGUUGAUAUGUGGAUUCAGGAGUUUCUAAGACACGAGAUUCCAUGUGUUUUAGCCGAUUACCUUGUAGAGUACGUCUGCAAGCCUGGCUACUCCCUUGAACGACAUGUACAAUACAAUACCCAUGUUUGGGCCGAGAAGUCUUUCAAUACCCUUGUAAACCACAUAGAAGAGGUUGUUGAGGAUGCCAGAAGAUCACAGCAUUGA